CCCCGCUGGUGGCGGGAUCGCUGCCCGCUCGCCGGGACCCUGGGAGCUGCGCGGCGGGCCGGGCGGGCGGGGUGCGCGGCGCGGGCACCAUGGUGCUGUCGGUGCCCGUGAUCGCGCUGGGCGCCACGCUGGGCACGGCCACCAGCAUCCUCGCGCUGUGCGGGGUCACCUGCCUGUGCCGGCACAUGCACCCCAAGAAGGGGCUGCUGCCGCGGGACCGCGACCCCGACCCGGAGAAGGCGAGGCCCGGCGUGCUCCGGCCAGCCCAACAGUUUAAUGUUAAAAAAUCCACGGAGCCUGUCCAGCCCCGAGCCCUCCUCAAGUUCCCAGACAUCUAUGGACCCAGGCCGGCGGUGACGGCUCCCGAGGUCAUCAACUACGCGGACUACACGCUGAGGUCCACGGAGGAGCCGGCGGCGCCUGCCAGCCCCCAGGCCCCGAGUGACAGUCGCCUCAAGAGGCAGGUCACAGAGGAGCUGUUCAUCCUUCCUCAGAAUGGGGUGGUGGAGGAUGUCUGUGUCAUGGAGACCUGGAACCCAGAGAAGGCUGCCAGUUGGAACCAGGCCCCCAAACUCCACUACUGCCUGGACUAUGACCAGCAGAAGGCGGAAUUGUUUGUGACGCGUCUGGAAGCCGUGACCAGCGACCACGACGGAGGCUGUGACUGCUAUGUCCAAGGCAGCGUGGCCAACAGGACGGGCUCCGUGGAGGCCCAGACUGCUCUGAAGAAGCGGCAGCUGCACACAACCUGGGAGGAGGGCCUGGCGCUGCCCCUGGCGGAGGAGGAGCUCCCCACGGCCACCCUGACGCUGACCCUGAGGACCUGCGACCGCUUCUCCCGCCACAGCGUGGCUGGGGAGCUCCGCCUGGGCCUGGAUGGGGUGUCCGUGCCCCUGGGGGCUGCCCAGUGGGGCGAGCUGAAGACUGCAGCCAAGGAGCCGUCUACGGGAACUGGAGAGGUCCUUCUCUCCAUCAGCUACCUCCCGGCAGCCAACCGCCUCCUGGUGGUGCUGAUUAAAGCCAAGAACCUCCACGCCAACCAGUCCAAGGAGCUGCUGGGGAAGGAUGUCUCUGUCAAGGUGACCUUGAAGCACCAGGCUCAGAAGCUGAAGAAGAAGCAGACGAAACGGGCCAAGCACAAGAUCAACCCCGUGUGGAACGAGAUGAUCAUGUUCGAGCUGCCCGACGACCUGCUGCGGGCGUCCAGCGUGGAGCUGGAGGUGCUGGGCCAGGACGAGGCGGGGCAGGGCUGUGCGCUCGGCCGCUGCAGCCUGGGCCUGCACACCUCGGGCUCCGAGCGCAGCCACUGGGAGGAGAUGCUCAAGAACCCGCGCCGGCAGAUCGCCAUGUGGCACCAGCUGCACAUGUAGCCAGCGCGCGGCGCCUCCCCUCUCGGGCAGCCCGGCCGCCCUCUGCAACCUGCUCUUUGUGCCCUAUCCUCAUUCGGACACCCAGACGACAGAGACACGUGUUUGCAAAGGCCAGGACCCGGUUCCUGUCAUCACACUCCCAUUUCUAAGAAAUAAGCAAGGCAGGGCAGGGCGGUGUGUGGACAUUCGGGUCACACCAAGGAAUGCAUUUUGCUCACCUGUGCUGUCGAGGGAGACACUUACCAAACGCAACUUGUGUGUCCAUUUUACAGGUGGGGUUAGGCCAGAGGCAGAGAAAGCUUUACUGGGGGAAUAAUGGAUGCAAAGAAGAAGAAAUGGGCUUUUUUCAAAAACAAGCUUUUCAAAAAUGAUGACAGAAAUAAAAGUAUCCUGGGUUAACUGCUAGAAUUAGAGAUGGUCGGGGUGGGAUGGAACUGUACCCAAUGUCAAGGCGAGCUCCCCGUGUGGGGUGGUCACCCAGGGGCUCUCCAACUUCGGUGUGUGAAGAGUCACCAGCAGAUUCCUGCCCCCUUCUCCCCCCCGGAGGAUUCCAAGUCAGUCUCUGGGGUCGAAGCCCAGGAGCCUUCAUUUUUAACGAGCACCGGGUGGGUCUGAUGGAGGGGUUGGAGCGCUGCACUUGGAGGAUUCCUUCCACAACAUUCCAGACAGGUUUUCAACCUCAGUCCUUGAUGGGGUCCCAGCACAUGGGGCAGCCGUUCCCAGUGCCGGAUAGCUCAGCCGUCAGUGUGAAAUGGGGCCUCCAUUUUUUAUUUAAUUCUUUUAAUUCUUAAUAUUUUACUUUGUGCUUUUCAGAUCCUGUUCUUAGACUGAAUUUUGUGCUUUUUAUUGAAGAACUUUUUUUUAAUCUUAAAGUCUGUUUAUAUUAUCCUUGCAGAGACCUUGCCUGACAGGGUGUAGGUGGGACCCCCUGCUAGUCACUGGCUGGACUCUGAGUGCAAGCUGUCACACCUGCCAGCAUCACCAAAGUGACCCUCUCAGAGAGACCCGUCCCCUCUCCGCAUUCCAGUCACUUCGGGAGGAAUUUAGUUAUUAACUUAGUUGAUUGCAUCUAAAUGAAAUAGUGUCCAAAAGCUGUCGGCACUCCCUGGCUAAAAGCAAACUCUGAGGCCACCGGCAGAUCCUGUUGAAGCUAGGUUACUAUUUCUACUUGAAGUUGGCAGCCAAGAAUGUCCAGAAAGUGCCAGAACCAUCCCAGGCAUUUUCAGAACCAUGGAUUCUGCAUUUGGGCUCCUCUAUAUGAACAUCCAAAUUCUGGGCCCUCAGCUGUCACCCUGGUCCCCUGAUCUAGACAGAAUUCCUAGACGAGAUGGGUAAGGGCUUCUUUCCUUCAACAAGGCAAGUCAUACUUGGCCUCCCCCUAAGAAUAUGAUCAGGGGCCUUAGAACCUUGGGUCAUUCUUUUUUCUUUCUGUGCAGAAACAAAAGCAUUAGAAGUCUUUUCUACCCAUCCUCUGAAGAACCAGGAAAAAUAUCUAAUCCCUCUUUAAUGGGAAGAUAAUUGGAACCUUGAUCAUGAAGGUUGACUGGCCCCUGCCAAGUGUUGUUUAGGCAAAGCAUUUGUUAGCGGUUCCUAUAACAUGUUGUUGAGAUCUCCUUGUCACACUGCUCUCUUCUUUCUGGUUAGCAUGGCUAAAAGAGAACUAAAUGUUCCUUACAUAAGCUGAAAGCUAACCAGCAUUCUCUUCUUGGUAACAUCUGUUACUCCAAUCUAGAAAAGUUUGGAUUCUAGACUAAAAAUCAGGAGACAUGGGUCCUAUUAAUAUUUUCUUAUAAAUCUGUGCACCAGUGUAUAGUCCUGCCAAAGGCAUGAGGUGGUCUGGGCAGGGCCCUUGAUCCCCAAAUAUCAACUCCUCCCACAGUCUUUCCAUCAUGCAGCCUUCAGGGUUUUGGAUCUUAACGUUUUAGUCUCCCAGAAUCUAAACUAAAGGUUGCCCCGAUGAGAGUCAUACUCCACCCCAGGGUGUCUUAGGUGUCGGCCAUCACCACGCUUGGCAGGGAGGCACAGACAUGAGAUAGUUUUUGAAGGGGCUUGUCUGUUAUGUCCACUAGUAUAUUCUAAGUGCCUAGGAUACAGCUGUCUCAUGGGUGCUCCAUAAAUAUUUGUUGAAUGAAUGAAUGAAGGAUGGAUAGGGGGGCAGAGGAGUAUGCAGAAAAAGACACUGCAAAUGGCAUAAAAAUUAGAAUCCUAGCUGAGUUCUCAGUGGUAAAGGCAUGAGACAUCUUAGCAGUUGGCCUCGAAAUUCAUAACAUUGAGCAUUACUAUUUGCCUAAUGACAACUCACAGCUCCCAAUGUAAAUGUAAUUAACAAAAGAAGAGACUGUGAGUGCUGUGCUUUUCCACCAAAACUCCAUCUUAGUGAAUUUUAAAUUGCCCAGAGAUGUCAGACUGCCAAGUCAAAAAACUUUAGUAAUCUUUGCAUCAGCUUACCUUGUACCCGGUACAUUUGCAAUUUACUAUUUAAUUAGAAUAAUUGAGCCUAUGUGAAUGCAUCCGAUCCUUUUUUGAAAGAACACCUUGUACUAUACCAGGGGUCAUUUUCUAAGAAGGGUGUGAAGCAGAGGGGAAAAUGAAGUGAGAGAUUGUUUCAGAUAGGGCUGUGGCCCAAAAGGUGGUCAGGUUCUUUUAUUAGAUAUGUCUAUGGGGAUAGAGAAUUAGGAGUUCACCUUCCUUAAUCUGUGACUCUAUUUCUUACAUCAAAUCAAUAUCUAUUUGUUGAGUGCUUAUUAAUCGAGACCUUGCACGUGUCUGUCCAUUUUGAUUUGAGAUAUGACUUUCCCUGUGGGUUGAAUGACAAGUCACCCAAACACAGCUGGGCAGAGAAAGCAAGGCAGGAGAGCAAUUCUUCAGAGUCCAUUCCUCUGGGAUGUAAAGGAGUCCUGGGGGAAAGGUGGCUGUAGCCUAAACCAACUAGUCCUUGUGAUUCGUUUCUGCCUUCUGUGUUUCCUGUUGUCAAAUGCUAAAUGUGUGUUUUGCAGUCAUGAACUGAAGCACAAAAAGAUGCAUGAGACGUUGUAGUCAUAUGUCUGGUGUCAUACUUUGGAGCAAAAACCUUGCAGUGGUAAAUAAAUAAUUUCCAACAGGGUCA